AGAAAUAAAACUGUAUCGCAUUAAAAGCUUAUGAAAUGAAACGUUUUCCAAUUCGGUCUGUCGCUUCAACCGAACAUCGAGUUUGGGUUUUUAACAGGCAAUGAACAUGGCGACAAUUUAUAACGCGGAAAUAUAAAAAUAUUUUUUUUUUGAAAAUGAUGAAAUUAAUAAACACGUUCAUUUCCUCGUAUACAUGUACAUAUAUCAUUCAAAAAGUAUAAAUUACUGUUUCGAACAUGAAGAAACGUUUACUAGACUUAACGCUUAUUGUUUUGAUAUAUUCAAUAAUUUUUGAUAAAGGUUAUUGUCAAGAGGAUAUAGAACAAGGGGUUUAUCAUGCUGAGUUUCAAGGCCGGAAAUGUAUUGCGCAAAUGAAACCUGUUGAGGACCCGAACAUGGAAUACAUAAAUCAUCUCGAGAUAGAGGGCUACAAAUUUCCUUUCUACUGUUCUCGAGCUACCGAAGAAGCGACUCAAAAUAAAGACGAACUUCUGACUGAGGUGGCUAGAGAAAAUACCGAAGUUGAUGAAAAAUCAACAGAUACAAUCAAAGAUGAAUUAUAGCAUUGUGAUAUGACAGAAGACCGGGGAGCAUCGUCAUGAGUGGAUACUGUUUGUUAGCUAACAUUCACUGUGUCAAUUAUUUCUUUUUAUUUGACUCCUUAUAUAAAUACGAGGGUUGGUCAAAAAGUAAUAGGACUGCAGCUCUACUGUUCACAUUUUUAAAUUUACGUUCACAAUUUUACAAGAGACAAAAUUUAAUAUCGGAACAUGUCCUCUAUAUACACUGAAAAAAUCAAUACAUAACAAUUCUGUGAAAAUUUUAAAAUGAUAAACGUACGCGUGCCGGCGAGCAUUAAAACACAAUGAUGUCGCAAAAGAAAUACAAAAUAUAGCAUUUUCUUACAGAAAGUAUUCUCCCUAGGGCUCUAAGUGUCUGAACCAUGUUACUAUAAAUUAAGUCUCGUUUGUGGAAAUGAAGAGAGAAAUAAAGCGAUCACAUUCUUAUUCCACUUCCCGAAAGAAUUGCCCGGUAUAAAUAUUCUCUUCUAUUGAGCACAGACUAUUAUUUAUUAACCUUUUACUCCAUGAGCAUAAUUAUUGCGAAAAAUGGUCGUUUUCAUUGAAAAGCCUCCUGUAACAAGUUCAAACUGCUAUGAAACUAUGGGAAAUGCUUUAAUACUGAUGAAACUUGGCACAAAUGUUAACUAGACCACAGCCUUUGUAACACCAUGCUCAAUCGUAAAUUUCCUGUUACCAUGGCAACGGGGGACGUCUCAAAAUUGCCAAAAAUCACUAUUUUGCAUUGUUUUUUUCCCCCAUCAAAACUGAUUUCAAAGUGCUGCAACUUCUCAAUGAAUUGAGAUAGAGUAAAAGGCUUUUCAGCGUCGGUUACUAGUUACCCUAAGAUCGACCUGAGGCCAUUUUUAGCCUGUCACAUGUCCAAACUUUUCUUGACGAUGAGGGGGACUUCCGCCCCCCUUCAAACCCCCCAAACAGAAAGGGGCACAUCCCCUCAACCCCCUGAUGUAACAUUUGGAUGGGGGACGGCGCCAAAAAAGUGGUCACUUUUUUAACAACAUUUCUCAAACGCAAAACAGUGUUUUGGGCCAUUUUGUCACUGUUUGAGGCCUCAAAAAGGGGGGGGGGGGGCAAAAAGCCGUCAAAACACGCUUAUAUAAGGGAAAAGGUUAAACAAAAUCGGGGAAAAUAAUACUAAUAAUUACCGGGUAUCAUUAUUAUAUUAAUUUAUUGAUAUAGAAAUACAGUAAAAACCCUCAAUUAAAACCACCUUCGGGACUGGACUAAAGUGGUCUUAUAAAUUUAAAUUGCGGGGUGGUCUUAAUUGUGAAUAUUCUCAUCAAUGCUUACACACUUUUUGACCAUGGUCUAUUUUAGUCAUUUUGUAUGAACAAACAAAAUAUAUAUACCUGCAAAUACAACUUAAAAGUAUGUUAUAAAUUAACAUCUGAUGGGGUGAAAGAAAUUUUAUAUCAAAUUCUGUUUUGUCUGAUUUCAAUAUCAAUUUCAAUAUUAAUUAUUAUAUGAUGUAAAUAAUUCACCCAUCAAAUAAAAAAAGUAUAUCUUCGUAUAUUCAAUGUGCUUAAAGCAAGAUAAAACAACUGUAAAAUUAACUUUCUCACCUUAUUUCAUACAAUAUCCCGAUGAUAUAAGGUGUUUUGACACCUUGUGAAAUUAGGUGUCAUGCCUGAAAGCAUUCAAGCUGAUAAUAACAGCAAUUUUAAAAUCUAGGUAGGUGUUGACUUUAAAUCCUUCUCCAAAUCCCUCCAGAGGCGUGCACGUCGCGGAGAAGGCACACGGCAGGUCAAGGUCAAGUCAUCUUAAGUACCAGAGGUGAUUGGUUGACCUGUCGUGACUAACUCUGGAGGGUUGGCGCUAAUGAGAGCCGUUUUUGUUUCCGUCAGUAUGGAGCUUGAUGCCUGGCCAGUAUUGUCGUACUCCUCUACCACCAACGAACGAAGAAUAGGCUACAGGAAGAUUCAGCUUGAAAAAGACGUCCCCGAUGUGACUACCCUAGUGGACCGGCAUGGAUGCUAUAUUCUCGGACAGAUGGUUAUACCGGCGCCGAGUAUAAAUAAACUUAAACUGACUGACUAACUGACUUUAAAUCAGUGGUCUCAAUAGUGGGGUCAAAUAAGGAACAAAACAAAGAAUUGGGACUGAAUCUGGUGGUCUUAAAAGUGGAUAAGCGAGGUGGUCUUAAUUCUGGAUCAUGUAACCAUUGACAUAAAGAACAGAAAAUUCCGUACUUUUAAAAAAUGGUCUCAAUAGCGGGGUGGUCUUAAUUCCGGGGUGGUCUUAAGUAGGGAUUCUACUGUACACAAUAAAACAGUGUUUAAAACUAUAUUCAAUUAUUUGGUCAGAAAAGAAUUGGUGGACCCGAUGAAGACAUUAAAUGUGCCCCACAGUUCGCGGAUUGUUUACCGUCGAUCGUUUUGUAGCCUUUUUGCAAUUGACGUCCUGUCAAUUUUCUUUCUGCCUCGCCCUUCUCGUAUUCGCCGUUUUUGAAUUCUUGCGCCAGCUGAAAACGAGUGUCCUGAGUGUCUCGUUUCCAAUGAACAUUUAACGUUUGAACCUCGUGUUGUUCAAAUAGAAAUCAUUGUUGAAUCCAAUCUUAUCAACUUAGCUUUGUUUCCAUUUUCAAAGUCCAAAAAUGUCGAUAUCAAAAUGAAAUACAUAUCGUACCCCCUAAAGCCUUGU